AUUUAAUGUUUAACAGCCCGAAGAAGAAACUACGAUCCAGAUUGUAUUGCACUCCGUACAUCACUUACAGGGUGUUUUGUUAUUCACAAAACCUGCAAAAGGUGCGUGUGAUGGCGAUUGCUUUUAGAACCAGUUUGCAGCCUCAGAGUACCAGAAGAUGGCGGCCAGACAUUGGUUUCGGACUGGUUGCCUUUAUGCUAUGGAUUGCUGUGCGAAAUGGCGAUUGCAGUGGCUUUGCAUUUGGCCCCAUUGCAAGCACGCGCUCGCAGCGCAUUCCACAGGUGGCCUUGCUUGCAAAAAGCAGUGACACCUUUGAUCCUUGGACCGUCCUGCAGAUCUCUCCAGAUGCAGGUGUGGAGGAGGCCAAAAAAGCCUACAGAAAGCUAGCAGCAAAGUACCAUCCGGAUGUAGACCCAUCCCCAAAAGCUUCAGACAUGUUCCAGAAACUUGUGCGGGCGAACGCAGUCAUUACUGGGGAGGACAAAGGCCUGGAUGAGACAACGCUGCUCACAAAUGCUGCCAACAAUCUUCGUGACAACAUUGAAUUCCAAAAAGAGAGAAUUGAACGGUUGAAGCAACAGGCUGCUGACGAAGAGCAAAGGGUGCAAGAAAUGCAGGAACAGCAGAAGAAAGCUGAAGAGAAGCGUGAUCAGGUGAGUGGCGAACUUGGACUUCUCGGUGGCAGUAUUCUUGGAUUGGUUGUUGGUGGGCCGACAGGCCUCAUAUUGGGUGCUGUUGGCGGCAUUGCUUUGGGUAAGCGCAAUGACAGCAUUGGCAAGGUGAUUCGCGGAGCAGGAACUUUGGUGAAAGGGAUUUUUGAUGCAGUUGGAAAGGCUGCGGGCAAAAGUCCUGAAUGAAUGAGCAUUGGCUUUUUGGCCCUUCAACUUCCGUAUCAACUAG